AAAGCAAAUCCUUUUCUAUAUAAAGAGGUCCAAAACAAGCUUCUAUCCCUACCAUCUCUUCCACAAAUCUACAACCAUAAAAGCAGCAUUGCUCUUACUUAGAAAUCUUAGGGCCCUGUAAAGAGCAUUAUCUAGUGAUCAGCCAGUUAGGGAAUAUUAUGGAGCUUAAAAAGGGAGUAGAAACGAGAGGUGUUAAUGAAGAGAAAUGGGUUCAUGAUUCCUCGGUGGAUCAUAAAGGAAGGGUUCCCCUCCGAGCCUCUACUGGUGCGUGGAAAGCAUCACUCUUCAUCAUCGCAAUUGAAUUCAGUGAGAGAUUGAGUUACUUCGGAAUAGCGACGAGCCUAAUCAUUUAUCUUUCCAAGGUGAUGCAUCAAGACCUUAAGACAGCAGCUAGGAGUGUAAACUACUGGGGUGGCGUGACUACAUUGAUGCCAUUAUUUGGAGGCUUUCUUGCUGAUGCUUACUUGGGCCGAUUUACCACUGUUUUUGUUUCAUCCGUUGUCUAUCUUCUGGGCUUGAUUCUCUUAACAAUGUCCGCGUUUGUACCAAGUCUAAAGGCUUGUGAGGCAGCUGUGUGUCCCAAGCCUAGGAAGGUUCAUGAAGUAAUCUUCUUUCUUGCUAUUUACUUGAUCUCCGUAGGAACUGGAGGGCACAAACCCUCCUUGGAGAGUUUUGGAGCUGACCAAUUUGACGAGAAUCACGAUGAAGAAAGAAAGAAAAAGAUGUCCUACUUCAACUGGUGGAACUUCGGCCUCUGUAGUGGACUUCUGUUUGGUGUGACUGUGGUUGUUUAUGUACAAGAUCAUGUUGGUUGGGGUGCUGGAGAUAUCAUUCUCACAGCAGUUAUGGCUUUAUCACUAGUUAUCUUCAUUAUAGGAAGGCCAUUUUACCGCUAUCAGGUGCCAACAGGGAGCCCCUUGACCCCAAUGUUGCAGGUUCUGGUAGCUGCCAUUAGAAACAGAAACCUGCCAUAUCCUUCCAAUCCUGCAGAAUUGUAUGAAGUUCCCAAGUCAAGAACGGACAAAGGGAGGCUUCUCUGCCAUACCGAAAGUCUCAAGUUUCUUGACAAGGCGACUAUUGUGAGGGAUAGGGAAAUUGGUGCCGAAAAGCAAAAUCCUUGGAGACUAGCAACCGUGACCAAGGUUGAAGAGAUGAAGCUUAUUCUCAAUUUGAUCCCAAUAUGGCUAGCCAUGCUACCAUUUGGAAUUUCUGUUGCCCAAACCGCCACAUUCUUCAUCAAGCAAGGCACUACGUUGGACCGCAAUAUUGGUAACGGCUUUCAGAUCCCUCCAGCCUCAGUUUACGCACUUGCCGCUAUUGGAAUGAUAGUCUCCGUGACGAUUUACGAGAAGAUUUUAGUCCCAGUAUUACGAAGGGCUACAGGAAAUGAGCGAGGCAUCAAAAUCCUCCAGAGAAUUGGCUUUGGAAUGCUUUUCUCAAUCUCAACAAUGGUAGUUUCAGCCUUGGUUGAGAGGAAGAGACUAGGUGUUGUAGCGAAGGAUCCAGUGAAGGGUUCACUUUCAAUGAGUGUCUUCUGGUUGGCUCCACAAUUCAUCAUCAUUGGUGUAGGAGAUGCAUUUACUCUAGUGGGCUUGCAAGAGUAUUUCUAUGACCAAGUUCCUGAUUCUAUGAGAAGCCUAGGCAUUGCCUUUUACCUUAGCGUAAUUGGAGCUGCAAACUUCCUUAGUAGUCUCCUGAUAACAGCUGUUGAUCAUGUGACUGAGAAAACUGGCAAGAGUUGGUUUGGAAAAGACUUGAACAGUAGCCGCCUAGACAACUUUUACUGGCUUUUAGCCGGCAUGACUGCAGCCAACUCAAUUCUCUAUGUGUUCUUGGCUCGGCGAUAUCCAUACAAAAAUGUGCAGAGGAGCGUGGCUGUAGCUGACUGCUAUAAGGAUGGUCUGGAAGGUUCAAUGGCCUGAAAUACAUUUGCCACUAGCUAGUAUAUGAAAUAAACUUCGAUGUUUUAAGGUAUACCAUGUGAAUGUAAUAGUAUAUGAUCAAGAGAGUAUAUUUCAUGUUCUUGCUUAUUAUUAGCUGUGGGAAAUUUGCAGAUGUUCUUCUGGUGUUUUU